UAAACACAUCGCUGACCGCUAAAGACAGAACUGUAUCAGCGUUCGGGAAACGAAUCACUAAAAUACUCCAACCAUGCACUCUCACACCAUUACUUUGAUCGUGUUUGGAAUUAUUGCUGCAGCAACUGCUGCUCCAUCACCAGAUGGACACAGUCAUCAUCACGUGAAAAUUCACGUGCCCUAUCAUGUGCACACGGUCCAUCAUCAUCAUGUGAAAAAAAUUCCCUAUCCAGUUCAUCAUGUUGAAAAGGUUCAUGUACCCGUUCAUGUACCAGUUCAUCAUGUUGAAAAGGUUCACGUUCCAGUACCAUACAAAGUAGUCGAAAAAGAAUACGUGCCUGUUCCAAUUCACGAAAAACACGAGAUUCCAGAACACCAUGGAUCCCAUGGAGGAUGGUGGGAUUGAGACUGAUCUUUCUCAAAAAUAAAAAUAAAAAAAGAUUUAUACCAAAAGUGAUUCGUUCUCAAAAAAAAGUCUUGCCAACAAGAUGAAAAAUAUUGCAACUUCAAAGAAAUUUUCAAAAAUCCAGUCAAAACCUCAAAAAAAAAAAAAAUUAAAAAAAAAUAAAAACAAGGUGAUAAAAAUCGUCCGCAGCUAAGAUAUAGUAUUAAUUAAGAAUUUAAUUAUAAGUCACGAUGAUGCACGAAUGAUUAAUUCGUAAACAAAUUCACUGAUUAUUAAAUAAUUGUACAUAUGAAUUUAUAUACCUAUAUAAGUUUUAUGUUUAUUUAUAAAUAUAUACAUAUUUAUAUAUAAAUAUAAAAUUUAUUUUUGCAUGCAUAGAUUAUAUAAAUAAAGCACUCUUUUUUAUAAAAAAAAA